AUGUGUUCAAGGACCCGAAGGUCAAUCCCGUCUCUGUCAGAGGAGAUGCCAACCAUCUCUCCUUUCUACGAACACAAUCUUGGUACGCACAACCCCAAUCCGCUUCUUCUCUUUCUCAAUUCGUCUUUGCGUAUUCUUCUCCUCUCUGCUAAUUUCAGUGAUUGGGCUGAAGGAUCUCCUUCUGAGAUUAGGCAUGUUUUAGUCGUGAGGUCUAUGGUUUUACAAAUGGUUGGACAUGUUGUGAACAUGGAAACCAUCAGGGGAAGCUCGGAAGCUUUAUAUAUCUGCUCCCUUGAAUCUUGGAGCGUAUCUUUCUCGGGGAGAGUCUUCUUUAUCUUCCUUACAUAUAUGGCUGGAGUGAUCCCUGUUCAAAACUCUGGUUACUCUUCCAGAAUGAACACCGUUGAGGAGAAUCCAGAUGUUGGAACUUCUGAAUCUUCUGGUAGGGAGACGGAUUUUGAGGGUGAUUUAAAGUCUGUGUGGGACGUUGUGAAAGGAAAGCUUUUAGAUUCUUUAGACGCCGUCAAGCGUGAGAGUACACUUGGAAACAGAGUCCUCAAAGCCAAACCACCUAGAGGGAAGCCUCCACUGAGUUUGUAUGCAAUAUCUGAGGGGCCUCAACUGUACUUGCUCUGGUCAUGUUUUCAGAAACUUGAAGAAGAGACAAAUAAGAUCUCUAACGCAAGCAAUUCGGAUGAGUGGAUGGUUAGUUUCACUGAUAUUGUCCGUGAAGCAUAUCAAGGAGCAUGCACGGCUUGGCUAAAGAAGGAACUGCGUGUGGAAAACACUGAUUCUGACAAGGGGAUUACUCCUUUGCUGAUCAAAAUGCUAAACGAAAAGGACGCCGUUUUUGACAAAAUACGAAAAUCAGGCAAGGAGGAUCUGUUCGCAGAGUUCUUAUAUUUCCACAGAUUUGGAUCUUCCGGGAAAGCUUCGUGCUACGACCUUAGCUUGUUUCGCACUCACGGAGUGGCCAUUUUGGAAGACUUCAUGAUAACAUUAGCAGAUGGGGUCGCUAGCAUCUAUCUAGAGCUCAUCUCUGUAGACAGCAAGUUUUCAAAUGAAAUGAAUACCGGAGGAUUAGAUAUCUGUAACCUUUCUAGUAGAGCACUCCAAAAACUACGUAAUGAGGUUGCUCUAUACCAGUGGUUGCAUCAGAAUAUGGAAGCAGUUGUGUCAAUGUACGAGGAUCGCUUUGACCUCUACGUUCUUCAAACUCAGGUUAUCAACAACGGCGAUGGUGGUGGUGAUACAGAAAGCCGUAGUUGGUGGAGAAAGUUCACACCGGGAAAAACCAAAGCUGCCUCAUCGUCAUCACCAUUACGAUACUCCAUGAUCAGCGAUUUCUCAUUGCCCGUUAAACGAACAAAGGAGCUUAAGGCUCUAUCGGGAUGGAGGUACUACUUCAGUCUAUUUCUGGAGUUAGCAGACAUCGGAAUGCCAAUAAUCAGAGUGGUGUUAGAGAAAGUGAGUAGCAUCAUAUCCUUCUUUCUAGUCACCUUGAUUGGUAGAUCAGUCGGGCUUAUCUUCACCGGGAUUAGACAAUCUCUCCGGUGGAAGUAA